GUCGGUACGACGUGAUACUGUCGGCAGCAUCGCGCACAGUGUGCGUGGUUAUACGGCUGACGCCUGGGUUUACCGGUGCAGUGCGUCGUCCCUGGGCCGGGUGGCAUUCGGGGGUCCCGAGGACCGGGGCCCGCCCGCAGUGUCAUAGUCAAAUAUAACUGAAUGUAGAAGCUGGACUCAGGAAGAAGUGUUUCUUAUUGUUGAAACUUCAUAACCAGAAGACACGUACAAGGUUUAUAGCUUCACAGCCCUUAGUUGGAGGCAUCCCCGGUUGUAUUUUUUUUUGAAAUAUACAAACUCAAGAACAUGAAUACUCCUGAAGUAGACUUUCUGAGAGAUCAAGUGCAGCGGUUAAAUGCUGUGCUGGCUCAGUACCAAGCAAUGCAGCUGCCCAGUUCUGCUAUUAAUGAGGUCAGCCAAUUAGAAGAGCAUGAUCCUCCAGCACCUUGGCUCGUGGACAAAUGCCUUUUGGCACCUCUUGUAGCAGAAUAUGAUAAACAGUUGCAACAAAUGAAUCAGCAGUUGAAUUGUCACCAGAUUCAUAUGAAUGAGAUGAAAUUAAAGCUUGAAGUUGUCGUAAAAGAAAAUGAAAGACUGCAUGCAGAAUUACAGGACACCAUUGAAAAACAGUUAGAAUCUCUACCUGCUGGUGCAGGCAUUGGUGAUGUUGACUUUACAGAAGGAGAAGUGGUGCAAAGUCUGAAGAAACAGUUACAGCUUGCCAAUAAGGAAAAAGAGCUAGCCUUGGAGUUACAUCAAUCAGUUUCACAAGAAUUAGACCAAAUGCAGCAGAUGUACCAUGAUCGCAUCACAGCAGCAGAGAAUCAUGUCUUCAGCCAACAACAAGAGACUGAGCAGUUGGCUCACUUUCAACAACUAGCUCAGCAGCUUAAAAUGACUAAUCAAAAAUUGAAAAUGACUAAUCAGGAGCUUAUUAAAACAGUGACAGAUCAGAAUUUAGAACUGGAACAAAACCACAGAGAACUGAGGAAAGCAAAGAUAGAAUUGCGAAUGGCAAACUUGAAAAUGGAGGAAAUGAAUAAAAUGAUGCAAAGCAUGCAAGAGGACAUGCAGAGAAAUGACCAGAAUGCUGCAGCUGCAUUGGGGAGAGAAGAAGCAUCAGACAAACGAUUGCAGCAGUUACAAUCUGCCAUAACCCAGUGUGAAACAAGAUUGCGGGCAGCCGUACAAGCCUCAGAGCAGUUGAAAAAGGAGAAAAUUAGUUUUGAGGUGCAAGUUCGUGAACUUAGGGAAAAAUAUACUCAGGCAGAAAAUGAGAAAUAUGUGGCAGUGGCCAAGGUUCGAGAAAGCAUGCAACUCCUUGAAGAAGCAAACUUGAAGAAAGAUCAGAUAUUACUACGUGAAAAACAAAAGGAUGAAGAAGUGGUAAAAGUGAAAGAAGCCAUGGUUCAGCUUGUUCAAGAAGCUGCUGCUCAAAUCAGAAAGGAGGUUGAAAGUGUCAGGAAACAAAGUAAUCUAAGGAUUUCUCGUUUAACUGAGGAAUUAUCUGAUAUGCAAAUAAAUUGUGAAGAUAAACAAGGUCAGAUUGAACGAGCCAGAAGAGAGAAGCGAGCUGUAGAAGAAGAACUUGAAAAGAUAUAUCGAAAUGGUGCCAACAAUGAAGAAGAUCGCAGAAAAAUUGAUGAACUACACCAACGAUGUUUGAAUGCAGAACGUUCAAAAGAUUACCUCCAGAUUAGUCUACAAGCAGCUCAAAAUAAAAUUAGAAAACUUGAGAUGAAUCAUGAGGAAGAGAUGUUUCGCUGCAAAGAAAUGGCCCAGAAACUGCAGAGCAGUCUGGAAAAUAUUCGUGGAGAUUGUGAUACAGUCAGUGAAGAACGGUUGAGGCUGCAGAGAGAAAAUGAGCAACUUCGUAAAGAAAUGGAAGAAUUGAAGAAAGUUAGUCUGGACAUUCAAAGGAAAGCGAAAAAACAGGUAGCAACUUUAGAACAUGAAUGCUCUGUGAAGGAACGUGGAUUUGAAAUUCAGCUACAGGAACUAGAGGAGACUAAUCGGAAUUCAAACACUGAACUGAAACGCUUAUUAGCAGCGCAGCAGAAAGCAACAAGUCGGUGGAGAGAUGAAGCGAGGAAACUAACUGAAGCCUUUGAAGUUAAACAAAACAAUCUGAAGACUGAACUUAGUCGACAGAAACAGCAUUCCCAAGAUUUGGGUUCCCAGCUAGAUGUCAUGCAUGAGAAAAUGGCAGAGUAUGAGAAACAGCUGUCGGAAAAUCAGGAAAAAAUUAACAGACUUCAAAGGCGGCUGACUCACUCAGAGCACAGAGCAGCUACAGCCUCCCAAAAGCUCAGCACAGUCACAUCACAAAGAAGAAAAGCUGACACACUCUUUGAUCUGGAGAGCAUUUUAGAUCACUGAAUACUUCCUCUUCCAAAACAAUUAGACUUUCAACCUGUGCAAUAAUGUCAGUUGUGGAAACAACCAAAAAUCCAGGUCUGCAUUCCAAGCCAUUAACUGAAUUUAAAUGUUGUAAGAUAUUUACAUAAAAUCUUGAUCAAAGCUGUUAAUAUGAAUUGACAUUGUUAAAUGAACUGGUCUUUCUAUCUAAUUUACAGAUGGAUUUUUUUUUAAAGUUCAUAAAAUUGCAAAAUCUAAUGGGGUUCUGCCAGUGUUGCAGUUUGGUUAGGUGUUUAUUACAAGUCACAAGAACAUGUGUGACUUGACUUGAGACAAGUAGUGACUUGUUAAUCCUUCAGAAUUGUCACAUUUUUUCUUAAAGCUUUAAAAGAAAUUGAGGUUUCAACUCCGUAUAAUGUGAUCAUCUAGAAAUUCUAAUUCACCCUUUUCCAAAACUACAAAGUAAAAUUCAAAGUUACUGACUCAAUUCCUGUGAAUUUGUGGAAAGGUUGGACAGGUGGUGUGGAAAUAUUUCACAUCCAAUUGAAAUAAGUAGUCAUUAGAAAAGGUAGUGGAGACCGAAAACUCUUAACUAAGAAUCUGGAUGACCACCAAGAAUGCAACUCAAGGCUGUGGAUCAAAAGCUGAAAACUGGAAUUACCCUAAAUAAUUCAUUUUUGGACAGCAUGGGCUGAAUGACUUCCCUGGGAACUGAAGAUUUUUUUUUCCAACAGUGGAAUACAUUCACAAUAUUGAAUAUUUUUUUUUGGGAGAAGAUACUUGCAAAUGCUCACUUUCCUGUGUUGUUUUGGAAGGCCUAUCUUGGCCCAUUUCCCUUUUUUUUUCCCUCUCUCAUAUGUAUAUGCUGCUAUACAGAAUAAAUCAAUAUUUCUACAAACAUUUGUAUUUUAUCACAAACAUCUUGGCUUAUGCUAUUGUUGGCCAUGACAAUUAAAUAGAAUGUCUGCAGGUUAAAAUGAUGCAGUUUUUCUUCAUUAUUACUCUAUGGGCUCCCAAUUGAAACAAUUUGCAAAUGAAAGUAUAGUUUGUUUUUAAGAACUGUAAUGAUAUAAAAAUUUGAAAGAUAGUUUUAAAAAAUACUGGACAAGUUGUUAAUGGC